GCGUCCGCAUCCAACGUGACACGAGUUUGCCUGGUGCAUUACCCUACCUACAUACCUGCCCCUUUGAAACGCAGCGAAGACUCUUUCUGACGAAACAUCCACGAACGAAACACGGCCGGUUCUACAACGCAAACCGCCCACAGAAACACACUACCUCCGACACACCUCGUUAUUUGGUGGGGUUAAGCUCGACCGUCCCACCGUCCGCGCUUCUCUCCACGUCAUAGUAGACGACGUUCUCGAAGAGCAUCGUCAAGCUGGGGAAGCGCAAGCUCUCCAACGGGGAGACACCUGAUCCCAACAAGAAAGCCAUGGCCGACAAAAAGCUUCCGGAGGUUGACCUGGUGACCCGAAUGCAGGUCGAUGAUUCUGUCGUUGGCCUUACCGAGAUCGAUGAGUCCCUCUACAGUCGCCAGCUCUAUGUUCUGGGCCACGAGGCCAUGAAGCGCAUGGGCGCUUCCAACAUCCUCAUCAUUGGUCUUAAGGGUCUGGGUGUUGAGAUCGCAAAGAAUAUUGCACUCGCCGGCGUCAAGAGUCUGACUCUUUACGAUCCCGGUUUGGUCGCCCUCGCCGACUUGUCUUCACAGUUCUUCCUUCGUCCCGAGGAUGUUGGCAAGCCGAGGGACGAGAUCACGGCCCCGCGUGUCGCCGAGCUGAACGCAUACACGCCUGUCAAAGUUCACCAGUCAUCAAACUUGGGCGAGAACCUUUCGCAGUUCGACAAGUACCAGGUCGUCGUCCUGACCAGCCUGCCAUUGAAGCUUCAGACACUCAUUGGCGACUACUGCCACUCGAAGGGCAUCUACGUCGUCGCCGCCGAUACUUUUGGCCUGUUCGGCUCGAUCUUUUGUGAUUUCGGCGAUAACUUCACCGUUAUCGACCCGACCGGCGAGACUCCCUUGAGCGGUAUUGUUGCUGGCAUUGACGAGGAGGGUGUCGUGUCGGCACUUGACGAGACUCGUCAUGGUCUUGAGGACGGCGACUUUGUCACAUUUUCCGAAGUCGAGGGCAUGGAGGGUCUGAACGGCGGCGAGCCUCGUAAGAUCACCGUCAAGGGCCCCUACACUUUCUCGAUUGGCGACGUUUCGGGCCUUGGCCAGUACAAGCGUGGAGGCCUGUACCAGCAGGUUAAGAUGCCCAAGACGAUCAAUUUCAAGAGCAUCACCGCCGCUAUCAAGGAGCCAGAAUUUGUCGUGUCAGACUUUGCCAAGUUUGAUCGCCCGCAGCAGCUGCACCUUGGUUUCCAGGCUCUACACGCCUUUGUCGAGAGUCAGGGCCGUUUCCCCAACCCCUUGGACGAUGCCGAUGCCACCGUUAUCCUCCGCUCGGCAGAGGCGUUCGCCAAGGCAGAGGGCGUAGAGGUCGAAUUCGACGAGAAGCUUCUCAAGGAGCUGAGUUACCAGGCGCUUGGUGACCUGAACCCGAUGGCUGCCUUGUUCGGUGGCAUCGCGGCCCAGGAGAUCCUCAAGGCCGUCUCUGGCAAGUUUCAGCCCAUUCAACAGUGGAUGUACUUUGACUCGCUCGAGUCCCUCCCGACCAGUACACCUCGUACUGCCGAACUGUGCAAGCCCCUGGGCAGCAGAUACGAUGGCCAAAUUGUGGUUUUUGGCCGCGACUACCAGGAGAAGAUCGGCAAUCUCCGUCAAUUCCUUGUCGGUGCCGGUGCUAUCGGCUGUGAGAUGCUCAAGAACUGGGCCAUGAUCGGUCUUGGCACCGGCCCCAAGGGCAAGAUAACUGUCACCGACAUGGACUCGAUCGAGAAGAGUAACCUCAACCGUCAGUUCUUGUUCCGACCAAAGGACGUCGGUAAGAUGAAGAGCGACUGCGCUGCCGAGGCCGUGCAAGCGAUGAACCCCGACCUCAACGGUCAUAUCGUUUGCCUCAAGGACCGUGUCAGCCCUGAGACGGAGGAGACGUUUAAUGAAGAAUUCUGGAACGACCUGGACGGUGUUACCAAUGCACUGGACAAUGUCGAGGCUCGUACGUAUGUCGACCGCCGCUGCGUGUUUUUCCGCAAGCCCCUUCUCGAGAGCGGCACGCUCGGAACCAAAGGCAACACUCAAGUUGUCCUUCCCCACCUCACCGAAUCGUACUCGUCUUCGCAGGACCCGCCUGAAAAGGAGUUUCCGAUGUGCACGGUGAAGAGCUUCCCGAACAAGAUCGAGCACACUAUCGCGUGGUCCAAGGACCACAUGUUCGAGAACCUCUUCAUCACGUCUCCCUCGACAGUCAACCUGUACUUGACACAGCCCAACUACGUCGAGAGCACGUUGAAGCAGGGCGGCAGCGCCAAGCUGACGUUGGAGACGCUCCGCGACUACCUCACCACGGACCGCCCGCGUACGUUCGAGGACUGCAUCGCGUGGGCGCGGAUCUUGUUUGAGAAGGAGUUCAACAAUAAGAUCCAGCAGCUGCUGUACAACUUCCCCAAGGAUUCGGUAACGAGCAGCGGCACACCCUUUUGGUCAGGUCCCAAACGUGCCCCUGAGCCCCUUAAGUUCAACCCCAACGACUCUACCCACUUUGCCUUCAUCGUGUCGGCCGCGAACCUGCACGCCUUCAACUACAACAUCAAGUCUCCCGGCACCUCCAAGGACAUUUAUCUGCGUGAGCUCGAGAACGUCAUUGUGCCCGAAUUCUCGCCCGCGGAGGGCGUCAAGAUCCAGGCGAACGAAAACGAUCCUGACCCCAACGCUGAGGCAGGCCAGACCAGCUCGUUCGACGACAACGACGAGCUGCAGAACAUCAUUUCGAGCCUGCCUUCGCCCAACGAGCUUGCUGGCUUCCAGCUGCAGCCCGUGGACUUUGAAAAGGACGACGACUCAAACCACCACAUCGACUUCAUCACGGCCUGUAGCAACUUGCGCGCCGCCAACUACAAGAUUGAGCAGGCUGAUCGCCACAAGACCAAGUUCAUCGCCGGAAAGAUCAUCCCAGCCAUUGCGACGACGACGGCGCUCGUAACGGGACUGGUGAUCUUGGAGUUGUACAAGGUUAUUGAUGGCAAGCAAGAUCUGGAACAGUACAAGAACGGCUUCAUCAACCUCGCGCUGCCCUUCUUUGGCUUCAGCGAGCCGAUUGCUAGCCCUAAGGUGGAAUUCAAGGGCCCCAACGGCAUCGUCAAGUUGGACAAGAUCUGGGACCGUUUCGAGGUGGCCGACAUCACGCUUAAGGAGCUUCUGGAGCACUUUGAGAAGCAGGGUCUCACCAUUUCGAUGCUCAGCUCUGGUGUUAGCUUGCUGUACGCCAGCUUCUUCCCGCCGGCCAAGCUCAAGGACCGCCAGAACCUCAAGCUGAGCCAGCUCGUAGAGACGGUUUCCAAGAAGCCGGUCCCAGCCCACCAGAAGGAGGUCAUUUUUGAGAUGGUUGCCGAGGAUGUCGACGGCGAAGAUGUUGAGGUCCCGUACAUCAAGAUGAAGAUGGCGUAACGGUUGUAAGAGGUUGCAGGUAUCUGCUAGUCAGGCAAGGCCAAGAAGCUCUGGGAAGUUUAGAAUGGACAGAAACAGUGGUCGAGCCAAUAGGCGACAGGAAUAUGGAAUAGAACAUGAGUUGCAACACU